AUGUUGGUUGUUGUAACAGUAGUCAUGAUGAUAGGGAACCUUCUGACUCAAACAGAGGCUGUCGCUUUUGAGCGAUGUUAUCCAAUUUGUCUUAUGGAGUGUAAAGCUGGGUCAAAGUUUCCAGCGUUUUUGAAGUGUCCAUUUAAGUGUGUGAAAACCUGUCUUCUACCACCAUCUCUUUCUUCCAAAAAAGUUCAUGAUUCUGAAUAUUUCUGCAAACUUGGUUGCGCAUCUCAUUGUGUUUCUCAUUCUUCCCUCCAAAAUCCGAAUGUGAAAAGAGUAUCAACUUGUGUGGAAUCAUGCUCAAACAAGUGUACCAAGAAAUGUGAGAAGUGAUAUUAGUAUUUCGAUCAUUC